AAAUCAGCUGAUCAGUUUUAUCAUUGAGAGUAACUGACGGUGUGUGUGAGGCCAGUUUGCAUGACUUGCGCAACGAAUACACAGCAAUAAGUGGCAGUGAUUUUACAUGGUAGCGAUUUAAGAUAAUAAUUGCCGUUGUGAUUCACGCCAUUGUCCGCAGAUAUAAAAAAAACAUGUGAUCAUAAUAAUAUUCACUGGAUUAACACGGAUAUAUCAGACUAUGAAAGGACACAAUGACGUAUAUAUAGAGUGUAUAUAUAUUUAUACAUUUUUCGAUAUGUAUAAAACCUUGAACAAAGAAACGAAUGACAGCUUUAACAAGAGAUACGUUUCGCGCAGUUGCUUAUAGUUGAGACAUAAGUAGUUACAGUCAGAAAGUAAAAAAACAUAAGUAGUUACAGCCAGUAAGAAAAAAAAAACAAGUGUGCAACAAAGUGUGUACAUUUUCUCGUCGCAAGAUUUUGGGUUCUUAUCGAAUGGAAUAGUUAUGCAGAUGGAAGUGAGUUAUAAAUUUUCGAUGAAUAAUUAGUUUGCAAAAUAAAAUGGAUCGAGUUAUAACAGGAUGGAAACGUUACAUGUUAGUGCAACCACCUAUUCUCCUGGUCUUAAUUGCCUUAUCAAUGUCUGGUGCUAUCUUCACAAAUCUGAUAGUGUAUCGCACUUGCAUAUCAAUGAAAAUAAACGAGACAGAGUGUUUAUUACUCAAUACAAAUAGCAGCAGUAAAGAAGCUAUCAAAAUAAAUUCCAAGGUACAGCCGUAUGCUAGUGUAAUUCUGAUGAGCAAAUCCUUCGUCGAAAGUAUCUUCCCUUCGGUGCUUUCUUUGUUUUUGGGACCAUGGAGCGACAAGUACGGGAGAAAACCUGUGAUAUUAUCAGGUUAUAUAGGUAUAUCUUUAACUUUCCUUCUCAUUGCCGUAAUGAGUGAUCUGAACGUUUCGCCUUGGUAUUUUUUGAUAGCUUAUAUUCCUAUUGGCCUGCUAGGCGGUAUAUAUGUAUUAAUGUUAGCUUCGUUAUGUUAUGUCACUGAUAUGACGAAUGACAGUGAGCGAGCAUGGCAUUUGGCCUGGAUAGAUGCUUUACUUAAUCUCGGGUUAUUAAUCGGUUUGCUCAGUGGUCCAUUAAUAUUUGAGGAAUAUGGGUACACCAUUGUUUUUAGUAUUUCGACCGUGUUGAGCAUUAUAGCAACAUUGUACAUAUUACUUGUUGUUCCGGAGAUUGUACAAAGAUCUUCUUCUGGUAUCUGCAAAAUAUUCGAUUGCACACUUGUAAAAGAUCUUAUAGACACGUGUGUCAAAAAGAGAGAUGGAUUUGAUAGAUUGUUAGUUUGGUGCUGCAUAACUUGUCUUACAAUUCUCUUGAUCACCAUGCAAGGCGAAAUCGCUAUCGAGUAUCUGUUUGUAAGCGCGCAGCUUGGUUGGACUGUAAAACAAUAUUCCAAUUAUGUAGCCAUAAAUGUCGUGCUCGGAAUAAUUGGUACGCUAUUUGGCAUCAAAAUAAUGCGAAAUUACGCAGGAAUGCCAGAAGCAUUACUUGCUGCAACAUCUGUUAUGUCAUCCCUUGGUGGUGCUUUGGUGUUAGCUUUCACGUGGCAAUCCUGGCAUAUGUAUUUGUCAAUAUUUAUAACCAUGUUUAACGGGAUAUCUAAACCAAUGAUUCGCGCAAUAUUGUCCAAAGCAGUACCUGUGCAGGAUAUAGGAAAAGUUUUUUCUCUGGCUACGUCUCUAGAAACAGUGUUACCAUUUGCGGCAGCCUCUCUGUACACUCUUCUUUACACCAAAUAUAUGCCACCUUUGUACCCUCAACCAGUUUGGUUUUUAUCAGUAACAUUUUAUAUUAUAACUAUUAUAAUACUGAUAUAUAUUCAGGUAAAAAUAAUCAAACGCAACGAUAUAGCUUACACUUCGGUGACAGAAAGCGACUCUGCUAGUUAAUUUAUUCAUUAUUUUUAUCAAAAAAUGUUAACAAAAUUGAAGCCAAGUGAUAAGCAACUCUAGUUAUAUUAAAGUGAUAAGCAACUCUAGUUAUAUUAAAAAUUAAAAAAAAACUAUAUUGCGCCCUCGACACUGUGGGUGUAGUCGAAGUCUCACUGCAAAUGUUUCUAAGCAUCAUUCUAUAAUUAACGAGAAAUAAAGAUAAAAUGCUUUGAAACAUUUACAGUGAGGCUUUGACCCUGUGUGUCUUUAUGUUUGAACGCGCAAAUUUUAAUCAAUGUGAUUGACUUAGAUCUUUUCGUAUCUCUCAAAAACUAUUUAUAAUCUAUAUAAUUAUAAUCAAUAUUUUGACAUAAAAAUGAUAUUAGAAAUUUGAUAUUAGAAAUUUGAUAUUAGAAAUUGAUAUUAGAAAUUUCUUUUUGAAAUGAUCUCAGGAAUCUGAUAUUAAGAAAAGUGACGACAGUAGUUGUAGAAUACUUUUUAUAUUAUAUGUAUGUAAUAUAAUAUUGUAAAAGAUAUAUAUAUAU